AGUGUUUGUACACAAUCUGCUGAAAUUGCAAACAAUGAGUCUCAAUGCGCAGGCAGACUCUUCUCUUCAACGUUACAUCCAUUGUUUUCUUAACCUGGUGUUUGGGUUUCCCAACGCCGCGGUUGUCCAUUCUUUGAACUCCCGCUUUCGUCCCACGUACCACCAACACAAUGGCGAGCGCGGAAGCUACAACAAAUCGCGACAUCGUAUCACUGAUCUUGCAUCAUCUUGCGGGUAUUAUCGACAGGCAUCGGCACCAACCAAGCCUCGAUCAUCCUGUGGAGCUCCUGGAACUUCGACAUUCGCUGUUACCGGCCAUUCUUGUUAAUAGCCUCUGGGCUGACGCAGCUACCUCUGUUGCCUGGAAGCAGAACCCUAAUCUUUCGGCCUUUAAAUGGAUGCAACAUGAUCGACGACAAUUAUACGCAAACAAAGUCGAACAGUUGCAACUCUCUGACCCACAAGAUGAAAGCGACGAUGAAUAUGAGUUUCUCAAAGACCUUGCAUGGCCAAAUCUGAAGAGCUUGGAGUUGGAUCUCGAUUGGCGAUCGCACCAACACAACCUCCGAGGACUGUUGCAUGCCGACUUGGAGAGUCUGGCAGUGACCGGACUGCAGUCUGGUGGGUCAGCAUAUGUUGCGCAGGUAACACUGCCAGCUUUGUUCGGUCCCUGUCAAAAUUUGAGGCGGAUUCAGUUUGGACCGGAUACAUUCGGCUCUCAGGAUCCAGUGCACGCAAGUUUUCUUGCAUGCCAUCUGGAUACGCUCCCUAAUCUGGAGGAGGUUGAUGUCUUGAUGAGCGGAAUCGUUGGCAAAGACCUCCUGUUCGGCCAUCUCAGCAAACGUCAAGGCCUGAAAUCCCUGGCCAUUGAUCUUGACCCUGGUUUGCGAACAUUGCCUCUUUUCUCAGGCCCAAGUGCGCUGCAAAAGCCAUUCUCAGCCCUGGAGCGUCUACAAAUCGUCUGUGACCCAGAGAUCGCACUUGCCCUUCCGUCCCAUCUUUUUUCCCUAAAGGAAUUGCGACUUGCUGUCGAACGCCAGCCAAGUGGCGAACUUCGUUUGUCUGACCUCAGCAUCUUAGAUGAUGUUGUAACUUCUCUCCUCGCAUGUCCGAACUUGGAAUUGCUCGAAGUCAACAUCGGCAACCUCGCGGUGGGCUUUCCUACAGCACAUCUGAAUCUCCUGGCAAGUGGCGCAGCUUUGGUCAAACUAGCCGCUUGCUGUCCCAAGUUGCGAAGCAUCGAUCUCGCGGCCCUCGAUCCCUCUUCUAUUGAUGGCUCGGGCAUAUCAAGUGCACAUUUCGAGGAACUCUGCAAAGGACUACCAAAUCUCGAAGAAUUGAGCUUGAAACUACAUCCAACAACUGCGACCAUACUGCAAACAACUGCUCUACCAAGUCUAGCGCGGUAUUGUCCAAAACUUCAAAUCCUUCGCAUAGGUGUACCCUUGCAGCUUCCCGUUCUGCCACUUUACGGCGGAGUUUCGCAACCGGUGGCCCGUAGCGACAUCAUCACCCCUACCCAGACAAAAUAUGACCAAAGACCAGACUCUCCUCAGGCUAUGUCGAGCACGAUCAAACUAGUUGCGGCCAUUGACACGCCAUCCGCAAGUCCUGCUACUACUUCUAUCCCGUUGUUUCCCAACCUGACCCAACUAUCUUUUGCCCGCCCAGAAACUCUUCUCAGCAGAGGGUCUAACAUCACGCUCGCCGCCGAAGAAGAUUUGAUCCACGCCUGGGCCCAGUCUCUUUUUACGCAUUUUCCUCUUCUUGAACAACUCGACGCUUGGGGUGAAUUUUCAGGACGCAACCGCCGCUCAAUGUCAUACAUCCUUCCCAUGGAAGACAUCCUCGAAACUACAUGGGGAUUCUUGAGCGGUGUUGAACAGUCGCUCUGGCAAGAUGGAGACGAAGAGGAGGGAGAGGCGGAUGACUUCAGUCCAGCUUCUUUUGGCCAAGACGCUUACGUGCUGAGCCCGGGCCCGUUCGAGAGACUGGUGGUGAGCGAUUGGGAGAUGGCAAGCCAAAUGGAAGAGUUUCCAGUGCGUUGAGGCUGAUUAAUAAGGGAAGAGAGAGCGAGUUUCAAGAGAGGCGCAGUCUCGACGAGAUCAGCAUGGAAUCAAAAGAUUGAUUUCGGCUACGACGGCGAACGUAGUGAGGUCCAUCCUCCCAGUCCAGCCGAUCAUACAACCAUCAGCACCAAUCCCUCACGCUACCGGCUCUGCUCUUUUCCAGCGCAUAUAGGGCGGUGUCAGAUGGUAUGACGCUAUUCGAUCUACAGGGCCUGGUCUCGAUAGAGACUACGAGCAGCAUACUUGUGAGAGGUACGAGCUAGCAGAGCAUCUUUCUAGCCAGCUUGCUUUUCCGAACGUAGAGAGAGGCCUAACAACAUUGCAAGCGGUAUA